AUGGGAUUCGCAAGCGUUACUAUGCUCGAACAAGACCUUCGCCAUGGACUACAAUUGCGAGAGAAGGGAACGAAUGGUAUAUGUGCUGGGCUCUGCACAAAGACGGACCGUCCAAGUACCCAAGUAGCCGUUGAAAAUGGCAUCAAAGAAGGUUUCGAUUUUGCUCUUGCACAUCAGCUUAUCUCAGCAUGUUUUACGCAUCGAAAACUUCUGAGUAAAGGAAGUGCCACUCAAAUAAAUCGCUGGUAUGAGCAGUUCCGUCGACUAAAGAAAGGUGGCGGAAAGCGGAAACGUAAAACCGAACCAUCACAGCCAACAGGACCACUUCUUGUUGACCCAACAGUGAAAACUGUUACCGUAGCGGACAGGUACCAAAAAGUAGACUUUUAUGCUCGAAAAUUUUCUGGAAUGUCACGAAAUAUGAUUCCUGCAUUCGAAGACAAUUUUAUUUUUAAUUUAUGGCUUGUGAAUUGA